GUGGCGGCGAGCGUGCUGCGAAACCUCAGCUGGCGCACGGACUCGCGCAGUAUGAUUGCACUGCGAAGGGUGCAGGCAGCUCAUCGUCUCACACUGGCCGUCCUCUCCGCAAAACGGGAACCCACUCUCCGAACCACUCUGAGCGCUCUCUGGAACCUCAGCUCUCAUUGCACCACCAACAAGAAGGCCGUCUGCAGCGUCGACGGCGCUCUGGCCUUCCUUGUGGAUGCUCUGGACGUUGGAAACCAGAGUAAGGGCUUGGCAGUCAUGGAGAGUAGCGGUGGCAUUCUGCGGAAUUUGUGUUCUGUCAUUGUUACCAGCUUGGAGUAUCGGUGA